CAGAAAUAAGGAUUAUUGAUAGGCAGUAAUAAAAUAUUUUUGAAUAAAAAGUACCUUAUUUGUUUUUUGUAUUAAUCCUUUUCUGUUUCAUUUAAAUUCGAAAUGUGUUUAAAUUACUUCUGACAUAGAAUUCAUUUUGAGGGUAUAUUCACAGCUUUAAUUUACUUUGUCACGUAUGGCAGGAACAGUGCUUAUAAAUACUUUUGGUGAUAUUAUUUCGCCAACAUCAAUUGUAGAGUCGAAUCUUUACUACGAUCUUAAUUUUGAGAUAUUAAUGACAGCCGCAUAUGUAAAUAAACUUAGGCGUCAAUUCAGUCGCGAUUUAUCGGAAUGGAUAACAAUCGGUCCAAUAAGUAUAAAUCGGUUGAAAACACUGUUAAGUGUAACGACAAUCUUGCAUUUAAUAAUUUUCAAACAACAUCUUUAUCAACAGCAACAACAACAGCAAAUACAACAGCGCCAACAACGGCGAUAUCAAUUAACAACAAUAAUGAUGAUGAUGACGAUAAUUUUACGGGAACUAAAAUAUUACCAAAUAAUAGAUUCGAAAGCAAUAUAAAUAAUUAUAGGUCAAAUUUAUCAUCAGAAAUCGAACAAAAUCGAUUAAUCGGUUCGAAAAAUGAUUUGUUUACAAUAUCACCAUUGACAAAAUCAAAUUCAAAUAAUCGAAUUCAAAAACAGAUAUAUUUGAACACGUCUACCAAUAUAACUGUAAAUGAUGAUGUUGAUUUUAGUGACGAUGUAAAUAAAAUUGGUGUUAGUGAAUUAAAUACACCAAUGGUGCAACAUAAAACAAUAACAUUAGAUGAUAAUAAAAUAAGUUUUGAUGAAAACGUUGACGAAUCAUCAAAAUUAUUAUUAAAAUGUAAUCAUAGGAAAUCCAGUGAAAUAAUAAAAGGACAAUAUAAUGAUUAUAUUAAUCAAACAUUUUCGGAUCAUAGUCGAAGACAAAGUGUUCAAAAACAAAGUGAUGAUGAUGAUGAUAAUGAAAUUAAUGACUUAUCAUCAACAAAUUUAUCAAAUUUACCUCAACUACAACAGCAUCAACAACAAUCAAAUUUCGAUAAAACUAAAGUAGUUAUAUCAAGUUCAAAUACAACUUUAAAAAGUAUUGUUAAAAUACCAUCUACACAUAGUUUCGUUAAUGAAAAAUUGCAAUGUGAUAAAUUAGCGAAACAAGAUCAGAGACAAUUGGAGUCAGAUGAUUGCAUAACAAUAGAAAAAAAACAAAGUCGUUUAAGUCUUUAUUAUCCAGAUAUCAUUAACAAUCGAUAUUCGAUUGAAAAUAAUGAUUUAUUAUCGGAAAAAAAUAUAGAAAAAUCGCCCGUAAUAACAAAUAGUAUAAUAACCACACCAGAUAGACCAGUCUUACAUGUCCAAUUUGUUGGUGACCAAUUUUCAACAACGCUAUGUUGUAAUUGCAUUUGCAACUGUGAAAAUAACACCAAGUGUAAUCAACGUUUUAAUAAUUGUAAAAAUUUUAGUAAUAGUUGUAAUAACUGUACUAAUUGUAACAGCAAUAAUAACACUGCUAGUCAUCACCAUCAUCACCAACAACAUAAUCUUCAAGAAAAUUGUAAUGAUAAUUGUUCUACAAAUUCAGGAGAAACAUCUUCACAAUCAUCAUCGUCAUCUUCAUCGUCAUCAUCUUCCUCAUCGACAUCAGAAGAUGAUGAAGGUAGUUCUUUAGGUCAAUACUCAGAGCCAAGAGCACCAGAUGGUGGCUGGGGUUGGGUUGUUGUAUUUGCAUCAUUUAUGGUUAAUUUAAUUGCUGAUGGUAUAACAUUUAGUUUUGGUGUAAUUUAUGUCGAAUUUUUAAAUUACUUUGGGGAGAGUAGAGGUAAAACAGCAUGGAUUGGUAGCUUGUUUAUGGCAAUACCGUUAUUGUCUGGACCAAUUGCAUCAUUCCUAACAGAUCGCUAUGGUUGCAGAGCAUGCACAAUAGCUGGUUCUAUACUAUCAUGCAUAGGUUUUGUAAUAUCAGCUGUCAGCGAUUCAGUUGAACUUUUAUUUUUAACAUUUGGUGUUAUAGCUGGAUUCGGUUUAAGUUUAUGUUACGUAUCAGCGGUUGUUAUAGUUGCAUAUUAUUUUGAGAAAAAACGUUCAUUUGCUACUGGUUUGUCAGUAUGUGGCAGUGGUAUAGGUACGUUUAUUUUCGCUCCUUUUAUACAAGUUUUAAUAGAAGAAUAUGGCUGGCGUGGAGCAACUUUAAUAUUAGCUGGGUGCUUUCUUAAUAUGACUGUUUGUGGUUUGUUAAUGAAGGAUUUAGAAUGGACAAAACACAAAGCGAAAUUAAAAGCGAAGCAACGUAAAUCGAAAGUAAAGAAAAAAGUAAGGCUUUCGGCCGAUUCAUUUUCAUUUAGUAAUAGCACAAAUACUGCUGGAACAUCUAGUUUAAAUCAACAGCACGUGUAUUCAAAUUCUAAUUAUGGUUGUGGUGGUUGUUAUAGUGGCGUAGGUAUUAAUUCUGGUAAUAAUAGCAAUGGGGGAGGUUGUGGUUAUGAAAAUAUUAAUUUUAAUGAAAAUUGUGAUGAUCCAAGAUUAUUCAGCUCGUUGGUUACCCUUCCAACAUUCAUACGUAACGGGGAAAAAGUACCUCCAGAAGUUUUGGAACUUCUUAAUUCACAUAAAAAUAUUCAUCAAAUAUUGCAAAAAUAUCCAAAUUUAAAUCAGUCACGUAGUUUUAGUGAACCGUAUGCGGAUAACAAAAUAGUUUUGCAGAAAAAUAAAAAUUUGAAUGUCGACUGUGAAGACGAAAUUAUGAAAAGUGAUGAUUUUUGCACGAAUUCGAACUGUCUAAAUGAAAAUACUUUUAAAUGCAAUUCAGUUCAUGAGCAACGUCGUAAUCCCGAUAAUGGAAUUCAUCAUCAUCAUCAUCACAAUCAUCAUCAUAAUAACCAAAAUCAUCAUCACCAUCAUCAUCACCACCACCAUCAUCAUCAUCACAAUCCUAAUCAUCAACAUCAACCACCUUCAGCAGCAUAUUUGAAAGACUUACGUUUACAUAGGCAUUCAUUAACUUAUCGCGGUGCUAUGCUAAAUAUAAAUCGAUAUAGGUUACGGGCAUCGUCAUGUCCAGAUAUAUACCGCAAUUCAAUGACAACAAUAGCCGAAGAAAAAAAUCAAUGGUACCAAGGAAUUGACGAAUUUAAAAAUUUGUUACGCGAUAUAUUAGAUUUUUCAUACUUUGCCGAUAUUAAAUUUUUAUUUUUUGCGAUGUCAAACUUUUUACUUUACACAUGGUAUGAUGUACCGUAUGUUUAUAUUGCUGAUAAUGCUAUUGAUAUGGGAAUACCAGAAACAGAUGCUUCAAUGUUAAUAUCUUUAAUUGGUAUUGUUAAUAUGUUUGGUGAGAUAUUUCUUGGUUGGGUUGGUGAUUUGAAAGGUAUUAAUGCUAGCGUUGUAUAUGCUGUUUGUAUGGGAUUUUGUGGAGCAAUUACUGCAUUAGUACCACUUUUGACCACAUAUACCUGGUUGUGUGUUAUAUCUGGAGCAUUUGGUUUAUUUAUUGCAGCAAAUUAUGCUUUAACCAGUAUUAUAUUAGUAGAAAUAAUUACAAUUGAUAAAUUUACAAAUGCAUAUGGUUUAUUAUUAUUAGUACAAGGAAUUGCAAAUUUAGUUGGUCCGCCGCUAGCUGGUUGGUUUUGCGAUGUUACUGGAAGUUAUGACUUAUCAUUUUAUUUUGCUGGAUUUUUUAUUGUAAUUUCUGGAGCAAUACUUUUAGUUGUACCAUUCAUGGAAAAAUACCGUAAAUAUCGUAAUUCAAAAAGACAAGUUUUAACAAAUACCGAAUCACCUAGAUUCCCGAAAAUUGGUUGUAACAAUUCUAAAGAAAAAUGUAACGGGACUAAGAUUUUGGAGAACUGUUAUGAAAAGAAGUCCGUUGGUUUAAAUGCAUCCGAAAAACAUAGUGUGUAAUUAAUUGGAAUUAAUUUUAGAAAAAAAAUUAAAUAUAUAUUUGCGUAAAAAUCUAUGUUUACUUAUAUAUGCAAUAUGUAUAUAUUCGCAUAACAUGUUGAUAAAACAAUAAAACAUAAAAAAUAAAUAAAUAUGUUUUUUCGCAAUAGAAAAAUAUUUUUAAAAUGCAAAUAAAUAAAAAAAAUGUUCAAAAUGAAUUCUUUAAAAAUUUACACAAUAAAUAUAUUACGUUUUUGCAUA